AUGUUCUUAUUUAACGUUAAACUUUUUCAACCGUUCAAAGUCUCUCACGUAAAGAAAAAUCGUAAAGAACCGGAAACGACGAUAUAUCAAGUCAACAGAUCGGGUCACGAACAUUGUGACGUCACAGAUGGUACACUUUUAGACAUAACGCCACUGAUAGUCGAUGAUAACAAACUAAUAACGCUUUACGAUAAGGAUUUAACGGAAGGAAUUAAUUUUUUAAUAGUUGUUUCGCAAUUAUGGGGAACACAAUGCAUUCGAUUGAAAGUUACGGUUAAAUCGGAUAAUUGUGGAGAAAAUGCGGAUUGUUCAAACAAAGGAGUUUGUUUUUCAAAUGUUUCAAUGGAAGGAUUCGAAUGUCAAUGUUGUCAAGGUUACAUAGGACCACAUUGCGAAGAAAAAGAUGCUUGUUAUCCGAGUCCUUGCAAGAGUAAUAGCAUAUGCGUGGAUUUAUCACAGGGACACGAUGGCGAAACUUUUCAAUGUUUGUGUCCCUACGUAUAUGAAAUGUUCAAAUCCAAAAUUUUCUUUUGA